CACGAGGUGGUGUCUCCGGGUGCUUAGUGGGCUCCUGUGGAAUCAGAUGGGAAACAAAAGCAGAAGUGGCAGCCGCUGCAAAUGUGGGAGCCUGUGCCAUUAGAGGGAAGCGAUUGUUAAUAAGGGCCUGCGAGACCCGGGUUUCCUUGGUUUCCAUGACAGUUAUUAGAGCUGAGCUUGGCAAAGCAAGGAUAUGAACAAUUAUACAGGUGGGCUACUCGGGGGGAGUGAAGAUAUAAGGCAUCCAAACAGGUAUUGGCAACCUGCAGCACUGUAAAAAUGCCCCUCCAACAGAUUUCUGUAGUUCCAGCGCGGGAGACUGCCAGCAAUGGGAGAAGUUCAAUGGGCAGAAACAAAGAGAAGAGCAAGGAAGUCGAGCUGUAUAAGCCAGUGUUUGCGAGAGUUGGGAGGCCUGGUUCCCAAGAAUCUGAAAGAUAAUGUGUUGCUGAGGAUGUUCUAUGAGCAUCAUAUUGCAAAGUGUGGAUUGCUACCUGAGAUGAAUGGUCCAGAUCUUCAGUGGACUUGGUUCCAGUUGACACUUCAUCAGUCACCAGUUAAAUACUUGCUUCAGAAUGACAAAUCCCCAGGGCGUUCCACAAGUCGUUCAAGUAACAUUUCAAAGGCAAGCAGUCCUACAACAGGAACAGCUCCCAGGAGUCAGUCACGGUUGUCUGUCUGCCCCUCCACUCAGGACAUUUGUAGAUCUACUACCUUGCAUGAUUUGUCAGAAGAUGAGCUUGAACAUGCAACCCCUGUCAUGGUGCUGACCCCUUCUAAUAGGGAGUCUGGUAAGAAACAAGUAAAACGAAGGUUUAGGCGGAAAAGAGAGACUGGAGACAAUGGUGAGUAUUCAGAAAAGCAAGGAAAGGGGAAAGACUGUAAAUUGCAUCCUGAGCCUGCGAGAUCCGGCUGGAAUGCAUCUGAUUCAUCAUCAUCUUCAGAUGAAAGUCAGUGGGCUCAGGCUAGGAAGAGAGCAAGAGAAAAGGCCAGAAUGCCCAGGAGAGGGAGAAGGAACAAUAAAUCAUGCAGUAAUCAGGAUGGGUCCUCAAACAAUAAUGGUAUUGAACUUGUGACCUUGGGAACAAUGGGGAGAAAGAAGCAAGAGGUGUCUGACCCUGAGAAUCCUACUUUAAGUCACCGCCGAAGAAGAGUUCCAAGGCUUAAGGAAUCACAGUCUUCAGCAUCAUCUCAGGAAGCAAGGAUUUCCUCAAGAAAACGUGGGAAAGGCAAAGGGAAAGGUUACUACAGAGAUCAGCAGCCUGCAUCUUUCCUUAGACACAAUAAAGUUUCAAAGGACUGCUUUGCAGAGGCAGGCUCUGGCAGUGACGCUCUGGCAGUCCCAGAUAACAGAGCACCUGCUGGGGCAGGGCCCGGUGUGACUGAUGCUGUUCAGAAGCCUCCAGUGUCGUAUGAUGACUGGUCUGAUGAUUUAGAAGUAUGCAGGAUCUGUCACUGUGAGGGAGAUGAUGAAAGUCCCCUCAUCACACCAUGUCGCUGCACAGGGACCCUGCGCUUUGUUCAUCAAGCCUGCCUGCACCAGUGGAUUAAGAGCUCAGACACACGCUGUUGUGAACUCUGCAAGUACGACUUUAUAAUGGAGACCAAGCUCAAACCUCUUCGGAAGUGGGAGAAACUACAGAUGACAACAAGUGAGAGGAGGAAAAUAGUUUGUUCAGUCACAUUCCAUGUAAUUGCAAUUACCUGUGUUGUUUGGUCACUGUAUGUUUUAAUUGAUAGAACUGCUGAGGAAAUUAAACAAGGCAAUGAUAAUGGUGUCCUUGAAUGGCCAUUUUGGACAAAACUCGUUGUGGUGGCCAUUGGAUUCACGGGGGGCCUGGUUUUCAUGUACGUGCAGUGUAAGGUUUAUGUUCAGCUGUGGCGCAGGUUGAAAGCCUACAACAGAGUGAUCUUUGUUCAGAACUGCCCAGACACUGCCAAAAAGGUGGAGGAGAAGAACUCUUCGUGCACUCAGACCUCGGAUGUCAAGGAUGCAGUGGUGGUGCCAGUAGCACAGACAGGUACAAACUCUCAGUCUGCAGCUGAAGAAACAUCAUCUGCGGUCAUGCCAGUUUGACAGAGACAGCAUUGUUUCUUCCUUGCAGAAUAAGGCAUAGUGUUUUCUACACUACAAAUGCUAAAAAAGAGUAGAAAUGACUGUGCAUUUUUUCAGUUAAAGAAAACAAAAAACCACACAAAAACCAAAACCCUGCAAGGAAAAUGGAUCCAGCAAAGCAACCUGUUACUGUAUGGAAUGUGACUGUCUGUGAAGUAGUUUCUCAACUAGUCAGCAAGUGUAGUGAAAGUGGAAGUGUAGAAAGUGCAAUAGAGAACAGGUUUAACAGACAAUGCCAAACCAAUGUAACAAGAUUACUUUUUUUUUUUUUUUUUAAAUUGGAUGGCUGGGAAAGUAGAAACAGACCUGAUAUUAUAAUUUUGUUUACAGAAAACAAAAAACUUUUAUUUGUUUACUACUAAAAGUUGUAUUUGUUAUUUAUCUUCCUAAAGAUAGCCUUCAAAACGGUACCAGUGGAGUUAUAUGCAUUAAUGGAAUCAAAGACUACAGAGCUGUAUCACAGCACUCACUCUCUAAGCCUUGUACGGUAACACAAGUUCGCAGGACUGCAGUGGAGCCUGAAUGUUUGGGCAGCUGUGUCAACUAAGGCUAUUUGAAACAUUUGAAGGGUAGCAUUGUUUUUAAAUAUGCCUGAAUUUUUGAAAAGUAAGCAAUUUCAACCAGUAUAAACUCAUGUCUCCAUAAGCUACAGAUAUUUCUUUUAAGUACAGCUGUCAGCAAAAUAAGUACAGGAAGGAGGGAAUGUGUAGAUACAUAUUUAGAAGAGCAGCUCAGCUGUUAUUUUACUUUGUAAGAGUGAAUUAGACAUAACUUGAGGCAGAACUAUAAAUUAAAAAUUGCAGUUUACCACAGAAUCACACAAAAGUAAAUUGCAUAUUAUCAAAGGUCUGAAAGAGGAUGAUAUAUAGGGAAGAUGGAAGCCAUUUUUAAUUUAAUUUUUUAAGAUUCAUGAUACAGAAAGGUAGACAUAAGAGAAUAUACCUGUGUAUCUUAAGAGAACAUUAGUUUUUAUCUCCUUUUUCUGAAAAGUUAGUUUUUACCUUCCUGACUGAAAAAAUAAAUCAAUGGUUUCACUCUGUACAGGUAAACUUGAGGUGUUAGAGAUUCAACAGUUCAGUUGUUAACUUCGUGUUUUGAGCAUUCUCAUAUAAAAAUGAAGUGUGAAUAGCAUUAAAGAGUGCAAUAGAUAAAUGAAUGUAGAUAUAAUACUGUGUCCAACAGGGUGAAUUAUAUAUAAAGAACCAAUUUUGUGAUUCACUUCUCAUAUCUGUGAUGUUUACCAUCAGGACACAACAGCAAGUAUUGACUUGGAGUAGUUAUGUACUAGCGUGGACAAGUCUGGAGCCUGAAUGUAAUGUAUUUUUUUAAAAAAAAAGUUAAAACUUUUUUGAUCUUGUGUUUAGGUGAAGGAGGAAAAGCAAACAAGCAAAUAAAGAACCAGAGUAAAGAGGAUAGGAGAGCACAGGUUCAUUCAAAGAGGGCAAUCUGCCAAAUCAUGAGUGAACUAGACUUCUACAGAAGCCUUGCAAUUGCUAAUGGUAAAUUCCCUCUUUACACACUCAGAUAUCUACAAUCAUCCCAUUCUUGCAAAUGUCCAGGGUGCUGGGCCUAAGAUGUAUUGGAGUUUAUAUAUUAGGCAUUCCUUUGUGAAUGUAUUUACUGGCUUAAGGCUCGGGGAAUACUGGAAGUAGCAGUAUUAGCAAGACGUGUUCAGUCCGUUAUGUUCUUUUGUAUCAGAAUUGCUCAUGUAGUUUGUCUGUGACUAAGUGACUGUCACCUCGCUAGACAGGACACACAGUUUUGGUGAACAGGCCCUAAGUACAUAUUAAUAUUUGCUCUAAAUUACUCCAGGCAAAUCAGAUUAAUGUUUAAGUAUUUUCACAACACACUUUUCAUAUAAAGUAACUUUCUAAUUAUACAAUUGCGAAUUGGAAUUGUAGCAGCUUCUCAUUUGAAAUGACACACAAGAGUAACCAAAUCUGUUUAUAAUUGUGGUGGAGACUUCAGGUCUUCACAAAAUGAUGACAGUACUAAGGAAUGCCUCAUAGUACAGGCAUGGUUUUCAAAACGAGUAAAUCUACUUGCUAAAAUGUAAAUCUUAUGAUACCUGAAGUUAGACACUUAAAAUUACUAGCUGCAUAUAAAUGUUUGGAAUGAUGUUUACAAUAAAACCUGAUGAAUCAUAGCAAAAUUGACUGACAAGGAACAUUAUUAAUGGAAGAAAAUUAAGAGCUUUCUGAAAUAAAAUUUCUUACUAAGUGACAGCAAUCCUGCUUCGUUAGCCAGCUUGUUCUUUGACCUGCUGUUGUAGCAUCGUGACCCCACUGAAAGUACUUUAUUCCCUAUUUUAUAACAGUUUACUGGAGAUUAAUUCACAUUGUUUUUUUCUUGAACAAGUAUAAAAUUCAACUCAAAAGAUACCUGAGGCUUCUGAAAGCAGAUCUGUAGCAUCCAACAAGAUUAAUGUACAUUUUUAAAAAUUCACCGAAGAGUUGACAACAGAACAGACAACUAGCAAAAUUUUAUACUGACUUCAAAAUCCUAUUGUGGCACUCAUGUCAACUCCAUAUGCAACUGAGCUUACAGUUAGUAAAAUAUAAUGGAGAAAGACUUCAGUUGACAUUCUUCCUCUCUUUGAAAUACUAAUUUGGACAGCAGGAAAAGGAGCAAAAUGGGACACUGUCUGCUGAGACAAUGGGACAAGUCAGCAGCAAAAGAGAUUACAGCAGGCUUGAAGCAGUCUUUAACCUUUUAAAGUAUUACAGUAUUAGCCCGUGCAUCCCUUUCUCAGGUGCUGUGGAUAUUCUACAGCUUUCAGGGAUUUCAUGCAGGAUUGGAAUUUAUUUUGGAAGCAGCAUGCAACCUUUUCAAGAGGGCAACAUACCUUGGAUACAGGUCUGCAUGAAUAAGGAAGGGGCAUGAAUACAGACACUGCAGCUGCUUAUCAACCAAUGUUUUUUCAUUCCUACACAAAGCACAAUUUUCUGUAUCAAUUUAAUAACCACAGGUUUCUGCAAAAAGAGUAUACUGAAUGUUUUAAGACACAUUCUAAGACUUUUUAAUGAAAAGAUUUAUCAAAUAAAGAUCCAUAUCAAACUGCCUGUAUAGCCAACAGUGCACCUCAGGCAAAUAUGCCAAUGGUGGAAUUUAUCCUGGCUAAACCCACAAGGGCAGAACCUUGCUCUAAGCUGCCAUUACCAAGAAGAGCUUAAUCUGCAUUCUUGUUUAAGCAAAAUUUUAAUGAAGAUAGGCAGAAGUAAUCUGGUGUCAGAUCAGAUCUGGAAUUUUAAACAAGAUACUCCUAACCUGUGAAUGUGCAUGUUUCUUUUCCUGUUUUAAGUUACAAGCAUUAUAAAGUUUAUUUCAAACUGUCAUAAACAUACCACUUUUGACUAUCAUUAGCAUUACAAAAAUUCUCAACUAGUCCUGCUGUGCCAUUCACACACUGCUCUAUCUGAAGGCAGUGUUUAUUUUGUUGUGUAGAAAUAAAUAGUAAUUCCCCAUUACCAGAACAAACCAUUUAUAAUUUCUAAUAAUGCAAUGAAACUUACUCUAUGAUGAAAAUACUUUACUGUGUAUAAUAUUUGGAACUACAAGUUUGUGUUACUUGUUUAACUCCCUCUCUUUUGCAAAAGAAACAUUGUAUGUUUUUGUGGGUGAAUGUGUACUGAAAGACAGAAGGUAAGGGAAACAAAAGUAAUAUAUCUGCUUAUUGUUGUGAAAACAAUGUAUUUGUAUUAAACAACUGAC